UCCGAGUCUCGUUGCCCUCUGACCGGUUGUAAUUCCCGAAAAAUACCAUAUGACCUCGCGGCCACAGCAGAUCACGAUGAUUGUGCCUUAGGUGGCGCCACGUCCUGAUUUACAUAUCUGCGCCAUCUCUCAGUGAUCAUUAACAGUCAUCAAAAUGUCAAAUAACAAGAAAAUUAUCAACUUCAGCCCGGGUCCUUCCAAGUUACCGGAAGAAGUUGUGGCAAAAGUACAGGAAGAACUCAUAAACUAUCAGGGAACAGGUAUCAGCAUAAUGGAGAUGAGUCAUAGAUCCCCUGAAUUUAUGCAAAUUGUAACUAAUGCUCAGAAAGAGAUUCAACAACUUCUAAACAUUCCUGCCAAUUACUCAAUAUUAUUCAUGGUGGGAGGGGGAACAGGGCAAUUUGCUGCUGUUCCCCUAAAUCUGAUGCAUUCUGGUGGCAAAGCUGUCUACUUGAAUACAGGCAUUUGGUCCUCAAAAGCUGCCAAAGAAGCCUCCAAGUAUGGUCAUGUGGUUGAAAUCAAACCUGAUCUCGAAACAUCAUCAGAAAUUAAAUGGGAUCUGGACCCAGAUGUGUCAUAUUUCUACUAUUGCUCCAACGAAACUGUACAAGGGGUAGAAUUGCCUUGUAUUCCUGAUACUCAUGGAAUCCCUUUAGUAGCAGAUAUGUCUUCCAACAUCCUCACCAAAGAUUUUGACAUAACAAAAUUUUCCCUUGUAUUUGCUGGGGCCCAAAAAAAUAUUGGUCCAGCUGGUAUUACUUUAGUGAUUAUUCGUAGUGAUCUCCUGGGAACACCUUCCCCUUUCUGCCCAACAAUACUCAAUUACACUGUGAUGGCUAAAGAAAACUCACUGCACAACACACCCGCAUGUUUCAGUCUGUAUGUUAUGGCAUUGGUUUUCAAAUGGAUCACCCAACAAGGAGGUGUAAAAGUUAUGGAGCAACGCUCAGCUUCAAAAAGUCAAAUGAUAUACGAAGUUGUCGACAAUUCAAAUGGCUUCUAUAGCUGCCCAGUUCCAGCCUCCGUUCGCAGUCGUGUCACCAUUCCAUUCCGUAUUCAACAGGGCAACGAAGAGCUUGAGAAAGAAUUUGUCGAUGAAGCCAAAAGACUAAAUAUGAUUCAACUGAAGGGUCAUCGAUCUGUCGGUGGGAUACGGGCGUCGCUAUAUAACGCCGUGACUGUCGAAGAAGUCGCUAUUUUAGUUAACUUCAUGAAAGAUUUUAUGAAAUCAAAACUGCAAUAGUUACAAAAAAGGUGAGCUUCCCAAAGCGCUUAUCGUUUUAAUACUCAUAGUUUUUCGGUUUUACGGGUACCAUAGAACUUUUUAUUGUGAACUAUCUUUAGUCCAAGGUGAUAUCAAAGUGCCUUAAUACAUUCCGUUCAUUCAAA